AUGGCGGAGGUCGAGGAGAUGGCGGAGAUGCUGCGGGCGAGGCCACUGUCACAUUCUCCACCCGCCUGGACCAGCCCAGAGUCCGGCCCAGAGUCCAGCCCAGAGUCCAGCCCAGAGUCCAGCCCAGAGUCCAGCCCAGAGUCCAGCCCAGAGUCCGGCCCAGAGUCCAGCCCAGAGUCCAGCCCAGAGUCCAUCCCUGACGAUAACGUAGACAAACAGUAG